AUGCUGAAUGAGCAGCGCUUCGCAAGUAGAGUCGUCCCGCUUUUCAGUGGUUCCAACAAGAGGUUGCAAAGUGAAAGGGUGGUCAAUGGUCAGGCGAAUAACUCGGUUGAUUCAUCAAAUACCGAUGGGGCUGAGAAUGUUACGGAAGAUCUUACCGAAGGUCUAACCGAAAGUGAUAAUGCAACAAAUAUUUCUCCGCUUCAGGGAUAUCUAAUUGUGCUAUCAGGGUUUAUUGCAAACUUUAUCAUAUUCGGCAUCGCUUUCACAUUCGGUGUUUUCCAGGACUACUACCUCAGUCCUUCGGGGCCACUUUACGGCAAGCCUGUUUCUGCCGUCACUGCCAUUGGAUCUUUGGCCACUGGUACAACAUACUUAUUCACCAUUGCCAAUAGAUUAAUAACCCGGUACAUGUCAAUAAAAAACUCCAUGAUUCUCGGCUCAUUUGUGAUGUCGCUUGGACUCAUCUGUGCCUCUUUUGCACAGCAGACCUGGCAGUUUCUUUUGUCCCAAGGUGUAAUGUUUGGUGUUGGGGGCUCGAUGAUAUAUCUGUCACCAGUGACGCAUGCCCCUCCUUAUUUUUCUGCCCACAGAGGUAUUGCCAUGGGCUUACUAUUUUCUGGAACCGGUUUUGGCGGCUUGGCGCUAGCGCCCCUAACCAGAUACUUGAUAUCAAAAGUGGGGUGGCAGUGGGCUCUAAGAAUAUUUGGCUUCGUAUCUUUGAUUUGCAUAACUCCAACCAGCUUCCUGGUCCGACCACAUCCCACCUCACUGGCAUCGCAGCUGAGUCGGUUGCCUAAAGAGGGAAAUGUAAGUCUGAAAUUUGCCACAAGUAAAAUAUUCAUUUUGCAUAUGUUUGGAGCUGGACUACAGUCAGGCGGCUAUUUAAUUCCGGGCUUUUUCAUGUCUACUUACUCAAAAUCGUUGGGAUUCACCACUUCUCAGGGUACUAUGUUUAUCGGAGUUAAUAACGCAGUCAACGCAUGUUCUAAAGUGGCUGUAGGCUACUUUGCAGACAAAGUAGGACGCCUAAACAUGCUAGUGGUUUGCAGUUUCUUUAGUACUGUAACUGUUCUAGCUCUGUGGCUAGUGCCUACCCGCGGGACUUUCAUUUCUUUUGUGAUUCUCUAUGGGGUUGCAUCAGGCCCUAUGAUUUCACUAAUUCCUACAUGUAUGGUGGAGUUAUUUGGAGUUCAGAAUUACCAAGCGUCGUCAGGUUUCCUGUAUUUUAGUCGUGGUGUUGGUACUUUCUUAGGAUCACCUAUUGCUGGAACGCUCAUAAAAGGCAACCCCAAUUCAUGUGGCAGCUAUCGAAACGCCAUUUGCUAUAAUGGUAUUAUGUUCUUUGCUGACUUCAUUUGCUUGACCUACAUACGGUUGUUGGAAGCCUCAAAACACAAAUGGAAACUGAAACAAUGA